AUGAGCAACCUGUCGUUGCCAUUGGACACCGACAUCGAGGGGAAGCUGCCGGGAUGGCGGCGUUGGUGGGAAAGGGCUGCCACGUCGAGCAACCAUAGCUCCGUACCGACGGAGGGCGAGGAGGAGGGGGAUGCCGUUGGCCUCGACGACCAGGAGGAGGAGGAGGAGGAGGACUCAGACGCAAGGUGGACAGGGCUGGAGGCGCAGGAGGUGGCCGACUACGCGGCCGCGACAAGGAAGGAGGCAAGGGCCCGAGCAAGGUCCCAAGCGCGGGCACAGGCGGAGGCUCAUCAUCCAUUCACUGACGACGAGGAAGACCCCAAUGACCACUCGUCGGAGGGGAACUCAACCUCAUCGGACGCGUCGACCGGCAGUUCCUCUUCGGAGGAGGUGACGAGCAGGAAGCGCGUCCGUGUGGAUGACGAGACGGGGCCUUCUAACAAGAAGUGCAAGAAGUAG